CAGGGCCAGCCCUGCUCAUUGAAAGUGAAGCUAUGAGAAUUUUGAGGCCCUGUCAUGGAUUAAGGAUAAAGGUUUGGAAUGGGUAGAUGAUGGUUGACGAUGCGAUCUUCUUGAGUGUUCAAGAUGAUGGUGAGUUCGGUGGCAUAAUUGUUAAUCGUCCGCUUCUCCUUGCAGAUUUUGAUAAUAUUCGAGAUUGUUACGUGCAACAAAAAAAAGGAAUGCAAAACUGGUGGGACCAAGAAACUGAGUGUUUUUUCGAUUACAAGCAAGAGUCGCAGGAGGAAGAGAGAGAGAGGAGCGACGAUGGGUCUCAAAAUCGAAGGAAAAGUGGAGAAGGUAAACGGGAAGGAACUGUCCUACGCCGAGUUUGUCGAAAAAUAUCUCGAUAAAAACCAGCCGGUAAUCCUAACCGGGCUCACGGACGAUUGGCGAGCACGCAAGGACUGGGUUUCCGGUGACGGAAAGCCUAAUCUCCGCUUCUUCUCCGACCAAUUCGGCGGCUCCAGAGUCCAGGUUGCGGAUUGUGCUAAGAGGGAAUUCACUGAUCAAAAGAGGUUGGAAAUGUCGGUUUCCGAAUUCAUCGAAAUUUGGAUUAACAGCUCGAACUCUGAUAAUGGCGGCGCUGAUGGAAAGCCGUUGCUGUAUUUGAAGGAUUGGCAUUUUGUUAAGGAGUACCCAGAUUAUGUUGCCUAUAGUACACCAGUUUUUUUCCGCGAUGAUUGGCUGAAUCUAUAUCUUGAUGAGUAUCAUAUGCAUGACGAUCCUGAGACUUACCGAGAAAGGAAUGAAGUCAAUUGCUCUGACUAUCGCUUUGUGUAUAUGGGAGCAAAAGGUACAUGGACUCCUCUUCAUGCCGAUGUGUUCAGAUCAUAUAGUUGGUCAGCAAAUGUAUGUGGCAGGAAGCAGUGGUAUUUUCUGUGUCCAAGUCAACAUCACCUCGUGUUUGACAGAUAUAUGAAGUCUGCUGUCUAUAAUAUCUUUGAAGAUGUUUGCAAAUCAAAGUACCCCGGAUUUGAAGAGGCAGUCUGGCUGGAAUGCACUCAGGAACGAGAUGAAAUCAUCUUCGUCCCCAGUGGCUGGUACCAUCAAGUUCACAAUCUGGAGGAUACAAUAUCAAUCAAUCACAACUGGUUCAAUGCGUACAGCAUUUCUUGGGUGUGGGGUUUGCUUUUGAGAGAAUAUCAUGAGGCUGCUGGAUAUAUUGAAGACCUCAAGGACAUAUGUGAUGAUUUUGAGGUGUUGUGUCAGAGAAAUCUUGCAGCUAAUGCAGGCAUGGAUUUCAGAGAUUUUUUCAUCUUCUUGUUUCGCUUUUCGUUAGCCAACUUUCUCCUACUCUACCAAAUAACAAGUUCUAAGGGAUUCCUCCACUGGUGUUCGUCUGAAGCGGCUCGGUUUUUACUUUUCAACCUUAAAAGUAUCAAAUGCAUUACUCUGCAGAUGAAAUCUGAAGCUGGGUGGCAAAAUUGUGGUUUUGCUGCCAUUGAUCUCGUAGAAACUAUUGAAGAUCCGGCAUUCAUGGACUUCUACAAUACUUUAGGAAUAGCUUAUAGCAUGAUGUAUAACUUUAGUGAAAUCGAUUUCAGUGAAAGUCGGAAUAUUUUAGAACACGAGCAAAUCAGUGUUCUUUACCCUUUUGGUUCCCACAUCUGUAAUCCUGACAAUCUAAUUACAUUUCUUGGCAAUGCCUUCAAACUAGUAGGAACCGAAGGUUGAUGAAA